CGUUGGCUGUGCCCCAUGCUGGCCACACCACACACCUGCUGCUGCGCACUGCACCCGGGCCCAUUGUCCGCAGCCACCCGCCUCUUUUCUGACGAUGGACACGACACACGUUCACUUUGAGUGAUCGCAGUAUUUUCGUCGCCUUGUCGCCGUCGCUCGCGCACGCCGCAGCUCACAAACGUCGACCGACGCACUCCCGAAGUCCUCAAUUCCCUCGCUCGGCGAGGACUGUCGAGCUGGACCCCCGCCGCAUUUGCCGCACCCAGCCGAAAUCCAGCUGGCCCCAGCGCCGCCGCCCACUACCACGCUCAGUUGGCUGCUCCCACACUCGCCCGGCGCGAACGAGGUGGCUUCUUGCCUAGUCAAGCCCACCAAACCAUCAACACCUGCCCCUUCGCUCUGGCACUCGAGCACCGUCGGUGGUCACACUCACCGCUCAGCGCCCCCCCGCGAUCUGUCUUUUCUCACUCGCGCCACGCUCACCACGCAACGACACGAACGUCUCACGAAGCCCCGUCAUUGGGCCUCCCCACCACCCGAACGCGCACAGCAGGCGACGUAGAUCUGCGGCGCGCAUCGCUGCCGUCGCAUCCGCCUCACCACCGCCAACAUGGUCGCCGAAAAAUAUAUCGGGCUUGUCCUGGCCAUGACAUCCAGUUUGGCCAUAGGCAUCAGUUUCGUCAUCACAAAAAAGGGACUACAACAAGCCGAGGAGAGGCACGGGUUCGAGGGCGAUGGAUAUGUCUACCUGAAGAAUCCUUUAUGGUGGGCCGGCAUCGGCACACUGGUUCUUGGUGAGAUCUGCAAUUUUGCCGCAUACGCAUUUGCACCCGCCAUCCUGGUUACUCCGCUAGGCGCCCUCUCGGUGCUGAUUGGCGCCAUACUCGGCUCCUAUUUCUUGAACGAGCUUCUGGGAACUCUGGGCAAGCUCGGCAGUGCGAUAUGCCUCAUCGGCGCCGUCAUCAUCGUCCUCCAUGCGCCCCCGGACGAGCCCAUCACGACCAUCGACGAGAUUCUGCACUUUGCCCUUCAGCCUGGCUUCUUGCUCUAUGUGACUCUCGUCACAAUCUACGCCACGGUCAUGAUCUACUGGGUAGCGCCCAAGCAUGGAAAGAAGAACCCGCUGAUCUAUCUGUCCAUCUGCUCUCUCGUCGGCUCUGUCUCGGUUAUGUCGGUCAAGGCAUUUGGCACCGCGCUGAAGCUGACCUUUGCCGGCAGCAACCAAUUUUCACAUCCGUCGACCUAUGUCUUCAUGAUCAUCACGGUGGUGUGCAUUCUGGUGCAGAUGAACUAUUUCAACAAGGCUCUCAGCCAGUUCCCUACCAACAUCGUCAACCCCUUGUACUAUGUUACCUUUACCACCGCAACCCUUUGCGCGUCCUCCAUCCUUUUCAGCGGGUUCAACACCACGGAUCCCGUCGGCACGCUGUCGCUCCUCUGCGGCUUCCUCGUGACAUUCACCGGAGUUUACCUGCUCAACCUCUCGCGGACCGACCCCACCGGCUUGCUCCUCGUGAACGGGCAAGGGGGCGCCGACUCAACCGGCACCGACAUGGUUUCCAGCAUCCAGACGCGGAUGAGCAUGGAGGCCCGACGAAGCACUGGCCACCGUCGGAUGAGCAUCGGCAGCAACGCUGCGGACCGACAAGGACUUAUCCGCGCCUAUGACGAGGAGGAGGCUGCCGGUCAUGGUCUCGCUGGUCUCGCCGACGAUAGCGACGAUGAAGACCCUGCCCCCCGUCGAACCAACGGAGCCGCAAAAGAGGCGGCCGCUCCCAAGCGCUACGACGAAUCAAUAGAACUGCAGAACAGGAGAUCCUCGGAGAGGUAGCGGCGGGCCCUACCCAACGGUUCCUGGGGCAUAUCAAGGAGUUUGGUUCUGCUCUUGCAUGGGUCUCGUUGUCCCGACCACUUCCAGCAACAGCAAAACGUUGGUCUGCCUUGUCUUGGCCCAGCGUUGGAUGUUGUCAUAUCACCGGUGCACACGGUACCGGUGACAUGUCAGUGCAUAUGCGCCGCGUCGCGCAGUUGCAUAUGAUUUAGGAGGGGGUCGAGCCGACUAAUAGGGGCGGCUCCAUUGUUGACCUAUCACGGCCUGUACCAUGCUAUCUCAUUUCUGUGGUUUUCUUCCGAAUUUCCCUCUCUCCUUCUCUUUGUUUUCCCGGGGUUAUAGGGAGUGUCCGCUCCUUUGGGAUGUGAUAUAGUCCGCCCUUCAGUUCUUUCGCACCAUGCGUGCUGUCAUGGCGAUUCGCGAGGAGUCAUGAGAUAUAAGGCGGCAGACAUUGGCGUUUCAGGGGCAUGGUUGGACUUUGUUUCGUGCUUUAUUUUCUCUUCUUUCUGCCUGAUUCUCUCUAUUUGGGAGUUUCUAGAAGGUGUGAGACCUUGUUGUGGGCUGCAGACGCUUUUGUGCCUCGCUCCCCGAUCCUGUAUUAUUAUAGACGUGUACUGAAAAGGCGGCAAUGACCACUUGACCAGACUAGAUACCUAGGUAGGCGGGCAAGGUACGGGUGGAUAGGUAGGUAUGUACACUGGGAGGCCAUUUUGGAAGGAAUUAUGAUCAAAUACUUGUCACCAAAGACUUGGUCGGAGGCAGAUCUGGGG